AUGGGAGACGCGGUGCGGCAGGCGACGGCCCGGAAAAGGGCUUUUACUAGUCGAGGUGUCUCCACCUCCGGUGGUCCUGGAGCGGGAGACAGGCACCAGAACCGUUUCAAGGCCAAGAACCGAGAACCCACGAGAGGGCGAAACGGUUUAGAUGUUUUGCAAGUGAAAGAAAUGAUUUGUUUUGAGUUCUGUGACCAAGAUUUGAAGAAAUAUUUUGACAGUUGCAAUGGAGACCUGGACCCCGAGAUUGUGAAGUCAUUCCUUUUUCAACUGCUUAAAGGCCUUGGAUUCUGCCACAGCCGUAAUGUUCUGCACCGAGACCUGAAGCCCCAGAACCUUCUAAUUAACCGGAAUGGGGAGCUCAAGCUGGCUGAUUUUGGCUUGGCGCGAGCCUUUGGGAUCCCUGUUCGAUGUUACUCUGCAGAGGUGGUCACUUUGUGGUACCGUCCACCAGAUGUCCUGUUCGGGGCCAAACUAUACUCCACAUCCAUUGACAUGUGGUCAGCUGGAUGCAUCUUUGCAGAACUGGCCAAUGCCGGGCGGCCUCUCUUCCCUGGGAAUGAUGUAGAUGAUCAACUGAAAAGAAUCUUUCGGCUGCUGGGGACUCCAACUGAAGAGCAGUGGCCUGCCAUGACCAAGCUUCCAGACUACAAGCCUUACCCCAUGUAUCCAGCAACGACAUCACUUGUCAAUGUUGUCCCCAAGCUCAACGCCACAGGGAGGGACCUAUUGCAGAACCUGCUCAAGUGUAACCCAGUUCAGCGCAUCUCAGCGGAAGAAGCUUUGCAGCAUCCCUACUUCUCCGACUUCUGCCCUCCCUAGCCAGGGUCUCCUUUGCCCUUUCCAUGUCCAGAGAACCGAGUCCACUACCCUCGACCCCUCUAGGCCCUCAGAUUGGGAGCUGCUCGAUGCGCUCUCGCCUUGCUGGCCCACCCUCUUCCCUACCUACCCAGGGACCCUGGGCAGGAGAAAUAGCCCCUGGGAGCUAAGGGGUUGGGGCCUCCUUUGCCUGUUUUUCUUCCCUGGCCCUUCCCUAGACUCCCCCACCCCAUUGGAAAAGGGGUAGGGGUGGGGAUGGUGCUAUGCACUUAAGCUCUGCUACUUGGGCCAGAUGUUUGGGGUCAGCCGUGGUGGGGUUAGGGGUGUGAAGGAUGGAUGCCAGCCGGAGCCCCUGUCCCCCCACUUCCUGCGCUCCCCCCCUUAUGUAUGGACUUUAUUUAAUUUCAUAAAUUGGCUUCUUUCCCACAAUCUAGGCUUUUGUCAUGAGGGAAGGUGUGUGUGUCUUUAUGUUCUGAGACAUGGUAGCAGAGGCCUGAAGACUGACCUGCCUCCACUUACUAACAUGACCAGCCAUCAUCUCCCCCAACUCACUCUCAUGUCCCCUUUUUGGCCCACGGUUCAGUUUCUUAGGAACCCAGUGAAACCUGCCUGCUCUGCCCACCAGAGGGCAGAAGUCAACACUAGGUAGAAAUUAGGGCUCAGUUUUGGAUCAUCCAGAGGAAAGUCUUCCUAGACAAUUAGAACUAGCCAGAAAUGGCAUAUGGGCCUCCCUGGGAGGUCCCUCCCUGGGGGUCUUCAGCUGGGCGAGUUGCUGUGCUGGGGGGUCUCCUGCAGAGGAUGAACUGGUUCCUGAGCCCCCUCCACUUGUAGGCAUCUGUGGAACCUGACUUGAGGGUGAACCUUUAUGCUUGACUUCUGCCCAAAGGCUGGGAGAUGUAGGGGCUUAUUCUGAGUACUGAUUGGGGGCAGGGAGGGGGAAUUAGGACUAGAAAAUGAGAGUUGUCAUUUAUUAAUAAAUAGUGUGGCUUUGACUGCUU